UCAUAGCUCAUAAGCAAUAUAUACAAUAAUAUAUAGAGAGAUAAUAGAGAGAUGGGUGUAAUUUGUUACAAACAUGAGUUGAGGGGUCAAAUUAGCCCAAAAAGAAUGUUUAAGGCCUUGAUUUUGGAUUCCAGCAAUCUCAUCCCAAAGCUCUUACCUCAAUUCAUUCAAACCAUUGACAUAAUCCAUGGAGAUGGAGGUCCAGGAACCAUUGAACAAGUUAACUUCACUCAAGGUAGCCAUGUUGGGUAUGUAAGGAAUCGGAUCGAUUUUCUCGACGAGGAAAACUUAGUUUGCAAGUACACCAUGAUUGAAGGUGACCCUUUGGGUGUUAACAACCUUGAAUGCAUAGCUUACGAGGUAAGGUUUGAGUCUAUCGCAAAUAAUGAAGGGUGCAUUUGUAAUAUUACGAGCAAUUACCACACUUUAGGCGAUUUGGAAAAAAUCGAAGAAGAAGAGAUAAAAGCUGGAAAAGAAAGUGGAGUUGCCAUAUUUAAAGUCAUAGAGAAUUAUCUAUUGGAUAAUCCUCAUCUCUAAGCUUUUUUAUUGAUUAUAUUAAUAUGUCACACAUUAUUGUUUUUUUUUUGUCUAAUAAAAGCAUCUAAGGAUAAUAUUGUCUAUU